AUGUUAGAAAGUGGUCCGACCGGAGUGUCUGGUUUGCAGUGAUUCGUUCAUACUUGUCUCAGUUUUUGUUUCCUGCUCGGCUCCAGCCACUUGUUUCCCUUUGAGAGCGAUAGUUUGGAUCACUGUGUCAGAGUCUGGGGUCUUUGUCUGUGUAACAGGCUCAAAGUUCAGCUACACAAAGAGUCAUUCAGUGAGUUGCAGAGAGAGAGCACAGGCAACAGAGCUGCAGGAUGGCUCAUCAGCAGAACGGACUGUUUCCUCGAUCACUGCUCAAAGCUUUCAGUGUUCUGAUCUUCAUCAUUCUCCUAAAGGACGUCUGUAAUGGUCAGCCUCAGUUGAUUGGUCCAUCUCAGGUCCUGGUGGCAAGAGCUGGUGAUGAUGUCAUUUUGCCAUGUCAUCUGGAACCUGGAUACGAUGUUUCUACAAUGACACUGGAGUGGACGAGAUCUUCCCUUCACCCUAGAUUUGUCUAUGUUUCACGUGGCAGUCAGGAACUUGAAAAACUAAAAAAUCCUUCUUUCAAAGGAAGGACGUCAGUGUUUGUUGAUGAAAUCAAGAAUGGAAAUAUUUCACUGAAAAUCUCCAAAGUGAAAUCUGAUGAUACAGGGACAUACAAAUGCUAUGUUCCAGGUUUGGAAAAAGAAGCUUUUGUCGAGCUAGUUGUUGCAUCAGAUGCUGCCACCUCACCUGUCAUCAGUUUAUCAGGGAUUGACAAAAACAGAGGAGGAGUGGUGUUACAGUGUGAGUCUGCAGGCUGGUAUCCAGAGCCUGAGCUGCUGUGGUUGGACGGUGAGGGAAACCUCCUCUCUGCUGGACCUACAGAGACCCUCAGAGGUCCUGAUGACCUCUAUACUGUCAGCAGCAGAGUGACUGUGGAGAAGAGAGACAGCAACAACAUCACCUGCAGAGUCCAACAGAGGAACACCAACCAGAGCAGAGAGACACACAUGCAUGUUUCAGAGGAUUUCUUUGAGAUCCUGUCCAGUUCUUCCUCUCUCAUCAUCGGUUUGGCUGUUAGUUUGGCUCUUUGCAUCAUGCUGUUAAUUUUAUCAGCUGCUGUUCUUUUACUUAGAAAGAGGAAACACAUGAAGAACAACAGGAGGCCAGAGGAUCAGACUGACUCAGGAGAUGCUGAAGUUCCUCUGAAGAAGCCAGAGAGAACACAACUCAAUAUGAGCAGCUCUUCUAUCAAAACUAAGAAUCAGACUUCAUACUUUCCUUUAACCUCAAGGAGGAAACUCGAGGAGGAACAACAGAGGAGGGAGGAAGCUGAAAAUAAACUGCAGAACAUUCAAGAAAAGAUGAUCAAAUCUGAGAUAGAGAAGAAUGAAUUCAUUCAGAAGCUGAUGGAAACAUUUCUUACACUGGACUCAAAGUCAGAGAAGAAAACUGAAAUCAGGAAAAAGCUCAAUGAGGUGAAAGAAGCAGCAGAGAAACUGAAGAAUCCUUUGGAGUCCAAAAAUCAGCAGACGAUCAACUCUGAGACGGAUGAAUUCAUUCAGAAGCUGAUGCAGAAAUUUCCUACAAUGGUAUCGAAGCUCAGUGAAAGCAUCACUCAGCAGAUAGGGGUCGAUGGGUCUGUCUAGCACAAACCCCUCGCUGGAACAAGACAAUUUUACUACAACAGCAAAGCAAGACACAAGUCUUGUGACCCUGUGAAGACUCCCCAAAGCUAGUGCCAGGAGUCCAGCAGUUCAUCUAAACAAAAAGCUCGUAUACUUAAGCAGAUACAGAGUAGG